AAAUUCAUAACUUUGUUGAAUCUUCCAGCAGCUACAAGCAAAACAGAAAUGAUGACAAUUUGGCUUUUCAUGUUUUUAUUAUUUGUCGUUGUGGUUCCAAAAAGUGAUGCGCAAUGCAACACAUGCGAUCCAAUGUUUGGAUUUGCGUGUAUAAGUCGAACUCAAUUUGUUCCGUGCUUAUUCUCUACCACUUUGGAUCUUGCGAACAUUCAGAAUUGUUCCACUGGAAUGUAUUGUAAUCAAGGAUUUUCAUUGGAUCCAUGUUCAAUAACUAACAGCUUGAUGGCAGCUUGUCCCAUUGCACCUGUUCAGUUUAUAGUUGAGCCACCAGCAACAUGCCCAACGAUUGUUGAUACCACCGUGACUACGGAAGCUCCUACAAGGUCAACCUCAACGACUACGACUCCGACCACCACUUCUUCUACCACAGAAGCUCCUACAAGGUCAACUUCAACGACUACAACUCCAACCACAUCAUCUUCUACCACAGAAGCUCUUACAAGAUCAACUUCAACGACCACCGUGUCUACAGAAGCUCCUACAAGGUCAACUUCAACGACUACGACUCCGACUACAACAUCUUCUACCACAGAAGCUCCUACAAGAUCAACUUCAACGACUACGACUCCUACCACGCCAUCAACCACGCCAACAACCGUUACAACGACAGUGACAACAAAUAACCCGACAACCACAACUGAAGGUACUACACCCUUAGCGCAGUUCGAUGCUAAUAUCUGGUGUUCAACAAGAGCUGUUGGCUACUAUCCACAUCCUUCGACAAACGAUUGUUUGAAUUAUGUGUACUGCUACGCAUUUGAUGGUGUCAAGGGUAACGUUUACACAUGUCAAGGUGUAACAAGAUUCAACCCUCAAUUAAGAUUGUGUGAUUCCGAUUACUCUUGUGAGUAAUUAACGUACCAGGCAUGGGAUUAUUGAUGGAAAUAAAUUUUUUUAUUGUACUAAAGUUUUCGUAACAUGGAAAUGAAAUAAAAACA